AUGGCUAUGGAUGCGCUUAAGAAUCUUGUCAAUAACGUUCCGGACUGGUUACAGCGACUCGACGACCUCAGUGGCCAGAUCGACCGACGCCAGGCCGAGCUGGCCGCUGUUGCUGCCGCGGAGGGCAAAAGUGCGGAGACAAAGUCGCUUCGCAACAAAGGCUCAACCGAGUCACUCAAGCCUAAAGAUGAUCCUCCAGUAGUUCACGCCGAGGCCCCAGCGAAUAAGGACAUCCUCGAAGAUGGCGUAGGUGACAACACAGCACAGACACCAGUCAAGCCCGAGACACCCAAGGUGCAUACCCCAAGCCCUGGUUCCAUUCGUCAGCAACAAGAGAUCAUCAAAGCCGCACAAGCCAGAGCACGAGCUCAGGUUAGAAAGAAGCCUAAGUCGCCAUCUAUGAUGUCCAACGAAGACGCCCCUACCGCUUAUCGAACACGGAGCAUGAUCAUUGUUUACUAUGAUAGCUAUGUUCAGAGCUUCUUUGACGAUCUUGUGAGGUUUGUCUCGUCAAGUCGGAACCUGAUGCGCAAAGCCAAGAUGGCCGCAAGAGUUGCCCAGAUCAAGAAACUUGCGGAGCAAGACGUAUCAGAGGAUGGAAGUAAUGACGACGCUCUCCCUUCACUACGAUACAUGAGCAGCAGGCGAUUCGGCCCUAUGUCAAUAUCUCGACCCGGUGCUGGCGACCAACCACCAGACGUAUACGAUAAGCUGGAUAAGGGCCUCGAAUUUGUGCAGAGCAUGUGUGAGCACGGUGCUCAUCAGUUCCUUCGCGAUGGCGACUGCAACGACGAGAUCAGCAAAGUACAGAAACGACUGACUGAGGUUCUCGAGAUGGCCAAGACGGAAAUGGAGCGCGUAGAGCGCGAAGAGCCUGAACUAGCAAAGGAAACAGGCGAGAUGGGCAAAGUCCGGACACGGCGGCCCAUAAGUAUGCGUCGCGAUAUGGCCGUUGGCUUGAAGGAGAGCAGCCCGACACCUACUAAGGAGGAGAACAAGUUGGAGCCCGCAAAGCUCGAGGCUGCCGAACCUAUUAUCCCAGCAGAUCCCAUGGCACCUAUGGCUGUGGAUCCAAAUAUUAUGGAAGCCGACGAAGGCAUCGAUGUCGAAAUGGAACUUCCCAAACUGCAAUAUCGAUCAACCCGGGCGAUGCGCAGUCGUGGACCAUAG